UUAAGUCCUACUCCCGCUAAGGGCGGACUUAAAAACAAUAUAUAUAUAAAAGCACAAGCACACGGGGUUUUGUUGUUUUGUUUUAGAUGUAGCAACUGCUGUAUUUCCUCAGUGGAAGUCAUCUUACAGAAAUAGUGGCUUCUUUAGGACUGAAAACCGGUUCCUGGGUUACAAUCGAAAGGCUUGGGACCAGAAGGCGGAGGUCACGGGACGGAAUUGGCGGGAGAAUAAAAUCCGAGCUCCGGAGCUGAGGCUACCACGGAUGAGAAGGACACGGGUGAGAAGGGUUGGGAUUACUCUUCUGGAGAGGAAUAGCUGAAAAGGAGGAGGGUGGCCAACAAGAAAAUGAACAGAGCACCCGGUUCCGGAGCCUUAAGCCUCAACGAGACCAAAUGACUCAGCUACAUCCCAGCAGCUGGCCCUUGUUCGCCUUUGAAUGGCGAGACCCCAAGAAUGGAAGAACCGGACAUCUUACCUGGACUGUGUUGCCUCAGGGAUUCAAAAAUUCACCCACUCUGUUUGAUGACUCGGCCAGACUUAACUGACCAACCUUGGCCCCAGGGUAAUGACCUGGUUCACUGACGGAAGCAGCUUUGUGAUCGAAGGUAAGCGCAGAGCCGGGGCAGUGGUAUUGGAUGGAAAGUCUGUCAUAUGGGCCAGCAGCCUGCCUGAAGGGACAUCAGCCCAGAAAGCAGAGCUUAUUGCCCUAACUCAGGCUUUGAGACUAGCAGAAGGCAAGUCUGUCAACAUUUAUACUGACAGCCAGUAUGCCUUUGCAACGGCUCAUGUCCAUGGGGCGAUAUACCUACAACAUGGACUACUGACUUCCGCUGGGAAGGACAUCAAAAAUAAAGAAGAAAUUCUUAGCUUGCUAGAAGCUGUUCAUUUGCCCCGCAAAUGGCGAUCAUCCAUUGUCCAGGACAUCAAAAGGGAACUGGACCAAUAGAAAGUGGAAAUCAGAUGGCAGAUCAGGUAGCUAAAGAGGCAGCACAAGGGCCACUUACUUUGGUAAUUAAAACCACACCCCAGCCAGUCGAAGAGAUCCCAGAAAAACGGAUCCUCACAAAAGAAGAGGGGCUGGAAUACUUGACUAAUAUACACUGCCUCACUCACCUGGGAACCAAAAAGAUGAUUAAACUAGUCAAUAGAUCCCCUUAGCAUAUUCCUCAACUACAGAAGGCAGUAGAGGACCUGGUAAAGAACUGUUAAGCAUGUGCACUCACCAAUGCUGGGUCCAACAAGACUCAUGGCGGAAGACGUUUGCGAGGAGACAGACCAGGGACUUUUGGGGAAGUUGACUUUACCGAAGUCCAGCCUGCCAGAUAUGGAAAUAAAUACCUUCUAGUUUUUGUAGAUACCUUCUCAGGGUGGGCUGAAGCCUUCUCCACCAAAAGAGAAAACGCUAGCAUGGUGGCCAAGAAGAUACUUGAAGAAGUUUUCCCCGUUUUGGGAUACCUAAGCUUGAUUAAAGGCGCUCGAGAUUGUGAGGAAAGAAAUCUGGGAGCAGUUGACUUGCUGGUGCCGCAUCAGUUUGAAGUGGGAGAUACGGUCCUGGUGAGAAGGCACCAAGCAGGGAACCUUGAGCCACGGUGGAAAAGACCCUCCCUAGUCUUGUUGACUACACCCACCACUAUAAAGGUAGAGGGAAUCCCCACCUGGGUUCAUGCUUCCCACAUCAAGAAGGCUCCCCCAGGGACUGAUAGAGAUGAAUGGAUUUUGGAAAGAACUGAUAAUCCUCCUAAGCUGCGCCUGCGUAGCAAGGACAACUCUAAGCAGAGACUUCAACCCUCAUACUUCGAUUCAACAAACUUGAGAAGUGCUCAAUGAGGAGGGGAAAGUUGUUUGGUCAACCACCGCAGUUCACCCGCCUUGGACUUGGUGGCCCAACCUCAUACCUGUUAUUUGUAAAUUAGCAGCGGGAUCACUUUCCUGGGAUAUCCCUGACCACAUUGACCUCCUUAACCCACCACCUGAAAAGCAGUGCGUCCCGAGUGGGAUUGGGAGCACAUAGGUGCUCGGGACAAUUCUACUGGGCCAAUCUUCGGUCCGCGGAAUUUUACGUUUGCCCUGCCCAAGGCCGAGUUAGAAACCUCCAGCAAAGGUGUGGAGGGGCAUCUGAUUUCUAUUGUGCUGCAUGGGGUUGUGAAACCACGGGAGAGAUCUAUUGGAAUCCAUCCUCUGUUUGGGACCUGAUCACAGUAAAGAGGAGUAAUGUAAGGAUUCUUGUUCUCCCAAAAGCUACCAAGAGCAAAACAUAGACAGUGCCACCGGGGUUCCAGAAGACAUCCUGAGAAGAAGCAUAUCUGUCUCUCACUUAAGGAAGCUGGUGACCUAUGGCUCCUGUGAAAAUCAGCCACGUGGUGUCAUUUUCCUCUCAGAUUUGUUUGUUUGAGAGAAGAUCUUGCCCUGUAGCCCAGGCUGGCCUUUAACUCAACUGUGUAUCCAAGGUAUCCAACUCUCAAAUCAUCCUGUUUCAGCCAUCUGGGUGCUGGAAUUAUAGGAUCCCAAAUAUCCUGUGGAGAACUUGCUGAACCCAGACAGUUCCAGGGGCCCUUGGCUCAGCUGCCCUCGGGACAAGACUAGACAGCUGAAAGUGGAGUUUCAGCUCGAGAGGGCAGUGCCCAUAAGCUAUAUUGAUGUUGAUUGAUGUGGGUCGUUCUUCCUGGCCCCUGGACAGACCUUUCGUCACCCUGCUUCCUGCCACCAUGCUAAUGUCCCUCGCUGACUCAAAGGAGGGGAAGAACCGCUCAGGGGUCCGGAUGUUUAAAGAUGAUGAUUUCCUGACUCCAGCCUCAGGAGAAUCAUGGGAUCGACUUCGACUGACCUGCUCCCAACCUUUCACGCGUCAUCAGUCCUUUGGCCUGGCCUUCCUACGAGUGCGAUCCUCUCUGGACUCUCUAGCUGACCCUGUAAUGGAUCCCUCAGGCCCUGGGAUCUCUGGCCUUAACCAGAACUCUGCUGAAGUGCUGGAGUCUGAUCCUAGCCCCUGGCUGACUAAUCCUUCUAUCCGGAGGACAUUCUUCCCAGAUCCCCAGACGAACACCAAGGAAAUUUCAGAGCUCAAGGGCAUGCUGAAGCAGUUGCAGCCGGGGCCCCUGGGGCGGGCAGCCCGCAUGGUGCUUUCUGCUGCCCGUAAGACCCCUCCAGCCAGUGUCAUAAACCCAAACCUCAGCCAUGGAGAACCAGGUCCCAGUCAUCCAGAGAGUGCAGAGCCCAGAGCAGAAGAACCAAACAGGAAGAACGGUGUGGGCGGAAGGAAGAGGCGGAAAGUGCAGGCACCAAGGAGACCAUUGUCCAGCUCAAGUUCUCAGCCAGAUAGGAGGAGGACAGGAAGGACAAGGCAAAGGCAGCACCGACCCCAGACCAACAGUGAUGACGGUGGUGUGCAGGCUACUGGACAGUGUCCCAUUUGUGCAGGUUCCUUCAGUAUUGAAACUCUUCCUCGGCAUGCUGCCACUUGUGGAGAGAGCUCCCCACCCCAGCCAGCUUCUCCUGCCUCCUUAUCUUCCUCAGAGUCCGUGCUGUGGGUGUCCUCCCCAGAGAGCUCGCCACCUUCCUGGGUCCAGUGCCCUAUUUGUGAAUUACAGUUCUCAGCAGGAGAAAUAGAAGAGCACGCCAGUGUGUGUGGGGACGUUUCUCCAGCCUGAGCAGGGCAUUCUGGUGACCUUUUAUGUUGGAGCCUGGGGAAUGGAUCUCUUGUGGCUAAGAAGGGUUGGUUCCCCUCCCUCCAGCUGUUAGCUCAGGACUCUGCCUACCUGAAAACACUUUGGACCAGCUUGUUCCCCAUUCCCGUUGUCAAGGCUUUGUCACUAUGGUACCCAAUUCUCAUAAGGAUAUUUUCCCCUUAGAUCUUCUUUGAUAGAAUUGAUGAUCUCUACGAGGCCUUAGAACACUAUCUAGAAUGUGUUUCCUAAUGCCCAUUUUCCUGAAAGAAAAACUGAGGCUCAGUCAGAGGGAAAAUACUGGUUGGAAAUUAUAAAGUCCUAUGAUAUUCUGGGAAGAUGAGUGAGUCUUGAGCAUGAAACUGACCAUGUGAGUUCCAUAUGACCUUGACCUUCUGUGUCCUUCAUGGGUAUCUGUCUCAUGUGUAAUCAGAUGACUCUGAAACUUUACACUUUCCUAUCAUGGUUGUGAAAUGAACCUUCAGUAACACAAAAGCCUCUCAUCAUCCUGCUCAUAGGGCUCUUAAAGGAACCAGAGAGAUUCCUUUAUAAGGAGUAGAGGGUUCUAGGCAUGGCUGUAAGGGUCUGAGCAAAUCUCAUUGCAACUAUUUGAGAUAGUUGGACCACAAUGUCUCCCCUGGAGCUGUGCUAGCCCAACCCUGCUUUGAAGAAUUAUGCACACUUCCCACUGUCCCAGGAGAUGUAUUCAUGUGGCACUAACACCGGUUCCCCUUAUCCCCAAGGUACAAGGCAGGAGGAGAGCAGCUGGUCCUGAUGAAGGGAGGGCGGGGGCUUUGAGUGGAAAUAAAAGAGGAUGCUAGGCACAGUCAGGGAGAGGCAGAGCUGGAGUUCAAACGUUCAGCCCCUGCACAGAGGUGGGUGCAGCCAUGGAUCCCCUUUCGGUAAGAGGCCCUUGCUUCCCUCCCCUCUCCACCCCAUUCCCCAGGGGUGCAGGACAUCCUGCCAGACAAGUAUGGGAUGCUGCUGGUGGAGAGCCCGCCAGGGAUCCAGGGCCUACAAGAAAAGAGCAAAGGGCUGGGCCUGGUAGAAGAACAGGACCAAACAGCUGCAAGGAGGGACGCUCUCUGACGUAGGAGGCAGAGUGAGAGUGUGUGGUGGAAGGGAACAUCUUAAGGUCCUGCUAGAGUCCUCAUAGAGAAAGGGUUUGGGGAAAACCCAGCUUGUCAAAGACCCUCCGUGUGGGCAUGUCUGAACUUGUCCUUAAGAGAGGUGAACAGCUAGAUGAAGUCAGCAAGCCUGGAACUGGAUUCUCGCCUGAUGCUGUGCUUGUAUAGAGGUUAGGUGCCUAGUGCGGCCCCGACCACCUACUUUAAUCACCUCUUCAGGGAACUAACACUGGGCCCUAAAAAUGGAAGUGAGCUGAGUAAACACUCCCUACACUAGCUUUUCCUAUGUGAGUCUGUGUAAUAAAAUGGUGAACCAGA